GGAAUCGCAAGUUCCGGAACGGUUCGUUAUAAAACCUUCAGAAGAUAAAGCCGUUUUAAAUACUCAACAUUGGCCAUUACUUUUAAAAAAUUUUGAUAAGUUGCAUACUCGUACAAAUCACUAUACUCCUCUGCAAGAAGGUUGUUCGCCACUUCGGCGAGCACUUAAGGAUUACAUAUCGUCUGGAGCGAUCAAUUUAGAUAAGCCUUCCAAUCCUUCCAGUCACGAAGUAGUGGCAUGGAUAAAGCGAAUUCUUCGUGUUGAAAAAACUGGCCACAGUGGUACGCUUGAUCCAAAAACUUCUGGUGUUUUAAUUGUAUGCAUCGACCGAACGACCAGAAUAGCAAAAACUCAGCAGGAAGCUGGUAAAGAAUAUAUUGGCGUUUUCCGUUUACAUGAAGUAGUAGAUUCAGAGUCAAAGGUUCGAAACACACUUCAAAAACUCACAGGAGCUUUAUAUCAAAGACCACCUAUUAUUUCGGCUGUGAAGCGUCAGUUAAGAAUUAGAAGAGUUUAUGAAAGUAAGCUCUUGGAUUAUUCAGUAGGUUUUAUUUCAUUUCAAUGUAUUAUAAAAUGCCAAGCUGGCACGUAUAUACGAACUUAUUUUGUUCAUCUUGGAUUGAUCCUUGGUUCUGGUGCUCAUAUGCAGGAACUAAGAAGAAUUCGUUCAGGAGUAUUAGGAGAAAAGGACAAUCUGGUUACUAUGCACGAUGUUCUUGAUGCACAAUAUUUGAAAGAUCGUUGUGGUGACGAAAAUUAUCUCAGGCAUGUUAUAAGACCUUUGGAAGCACUUUUAGUUAUACAUAAAAGAAUUAUCGUCAAAGAUAGCGCGGUAAACGCCAUUUGUUAUGGUGCGAAGAUUUUAGUACCUGGAAUAUUGCGUUUUGAAGAUGGAAUUGACGAUAUAAAGCAGAUUGUUGUGGUAGUAACAACAAAAGGCGAAGCCAUUUGUAUCGCGGAAGCCAUGAUGACGAGUGCAAUGAUAUUAACUGUUGAUCAUGGAUCUGUAGCAAAAAUCAAAAGAGUUAUCAUGGAACGAGAUACUUAUAGUCGUAAAUGGAAAUUGGGACCAGUUACUUCAAAGAAGCAAGCAAUGGUAAUUUCCAAAGUUCAUGGAUUGUUGGAUAAAUUCGGUAAGCCAAAUGAAAGAACACCAAGUAAUUGGCGAUCCGCUUACUAUGACAUUUCUGUUGACACGGUUAAUUUUUGA